AUGUAUUCUCAUAGUGGCUGGCAACUCCUCAUCAAAGUCGGUUCGUUUAAGUAUUCACUAAGAUGCGAAUUACUUAAUGUACUUUUUAAAGAUGUUGGUAGACGUCGUUAAAAGGCUGAAAUUCUAACUAGUUAAAUUAGUUUUCUUUGAGUACUCAACAUUUCAGAAAGAUGUACUCUGUUCACCUUAUGUUGAUAAUGUCUGCAUCAGCAAGUCUUGUAAAGAAUGGGGCACCGUUUGUGUUGAUUAUUGCAAAUCAGUCGGUUAGAAAUGACAAGGAAGUGGUUUUUCACCUUGAAAAUGAAGCUAACGUGGAAUGGUUUCUAAAAACGAACGCUAGUUUGGAUGAGAUAACUACGGAAUUAUGGAGUGAUGAAAUGGCAAGACAAGCCCAAAUCAUAAUUGGAUGUUUAGGGAACGUUCUAGAGAAGCAGGUAGUGUCGUUUGCUCGCUAUCAUAACAUCCCGUUUGUAUGUAUGGAACCAUCCAACCAAUUGACACAGGUAAGGGUUGUUUUAUAGUAUUUAUCCUAGGUUAUCUGGAAUUAAUAUUUGUAACUGCGUGUAAUUGAGACCUUAAAUAGAAUGAGUGCUAAAGGAGUCUUAGGUAUAACGGAAAACUCUCGGGUAACAGCGAUACAAUUACUUGUUUUCCGUGUCUAUAAAUUGUAAAUUAAAAUAAAAAAAUCCUAACUUUUAUCCAUCAGAUGGCGAAAAUGUGGUAGUAAAAGUUAAAUAGGAGCUUCAAAACCAAGUAAGAUAAGCUCUUCUAAUAAAAACAUUUUUACAGGGCCAACCAUUCAUGGAAAUUGGACAAUCGCCAUUAUCAACUGCCGAAAGUAUUUACUUGGUUGCCAAGGAAACGUUAGCUAGUCAUGUAAUUUUCCUUGGCUCACAGGAACAGACGGCAGACAUUUUGCCUGUGUUGAUGUUACGAGAUAAUUCGCGACUUUUCAAGGAGAAAGAAAAGCUAUUCACAUUUGCAGGAAUUGACGAGUUGUCAAGGUUAUCAACGAAGAUUGAACAGCAGAGAAGUGAGAUGAGGGUAUCUGCGUUCACAGGGAAGAGAAUUGAUACUAUUACUGUUGUAAUCGCUAUAUUGGCCGAUUUGUCCAUCCCCAUGAAUGGAUCCGUGUGGAACUCCACAUGUGACCUGUUCCCGACGACACAAACGUAUUGGCUCGUGUUUAAUCACGGAAACUGGAGAAGUAUUGAGGAUGUUGGGAUUUCUGAUUUAAAGAAAAGACACCAACUUCUACUUGUGGACUUCCCUCACUACAACGACCCGUCCGUUCUAGUGGAUGUUUUCCUUUUUAUUAAACGCACCCUACGUACGAGUCCUGCAAAACCGAAUGCGACACGCACAAUCAACUGUCCCGAAACAUAUUCCAAUGCCUCGUUAUUUUACAGGUAAGACGAAAAACAACUUUAAUGGUACAGAAGUUAAACUUUAUUUGCUAAAUCUCAUAGGGAUCUCAUUGCGCUUUAGGUACUAUAUAAUCUAUGGCGUUGCUGUUACCACUUAAUCAUGGACAAUUUCUGUGCAUUUGAAUAGGUUUAGUGACCAAGGCCAGGUUUUGUUCUUAGAAUGGUUUUGAAAUGGUUUAUCAGGCUUCUUAUAGCUCUACGUCUAGUUAUACGAAAUAUCAGGUCAAUCUUAUCUUUUGAUGCACAGAAAUCUCGAGGCAACUCUAAAGGAAUACAAAUACGGAAAAACAACUUGUAACAUCCGAAGACUAAUGCGUAAAAAUUCUUCAAAUGUCGCGACGAUAAAAGAUGGCAAGCUUUUUCCUUUUGAUAACUCUAUGCGCCCGAACCUACUAUGCAAAGACCCAGCAGCAAUAUGCGUAACGCUAAUACCAUCAGACCCUGUGACACUCGUUGGGGAAGAUGUAGUUACAUCCCAGGCUGACUGCACUCUGGGACACAUUUGCACUCAGUAUGAACCAGUUAACGCUUCAGAUCCCACAAAAGGCAAGAGACCAGUCCUGCACUGUUGCUAUGGUUUCUCGAUUGACCUACUAGUCUACUUGGAGCGCGACCUUGGUGUCCAAUUUGAGAUGUAUAUUGUACAGGAUCCCUCAAGCUGGAAUAAUCUUGUCGGUGAGGUUGUACUAGGUAGGGCCGACUUGGCCGCAGCUCCCAUUGCCAUUACAAACGCACGUCUUAAAGACGUCGAGUACGCUUCUCCUAUUCAACAACUUGAGAUAUACAUUGUUAUGUCACAGAAUCGAGCAAAGAUUUCCUUAGACUGGCUGGCGUUUAUCAGGCCAUUUGACAAUAGCCUUUGGUUUGUCAUUUUCGGUCUUAGUUUUGCGUUGGUGUUCUAUAUCUGGUGGAUGGAUCAGUGGAGCCCUUAUGGGCGGGACAACAAGAAGAUCCUCUCUGAUCCUAGUAACUUUACCCUCCCCGUUAGCUUCUCCUACGUCUUCAGCUCCGUCUUCAAGAUCAACCUGGAUGACGUCACAGCGCGGAGUCCAAGCGCAAGGUUCACUUACGCUGUGUUCUCCUUUGGCACGCUGAUAAUGGUGUCUUCGUACACCGCGAACUUGACGGCUUCUCUUGUUCAAGAGCUCCAAACCUUCCCAAUAAGUGGAAUCUACGAUGAGAAGUUUCAGGAUCCAAAUUCAGGGUUCACGUUUGCUACAGAAAAAGGGGCAAGUGUCGAAUUUCUCCUGAAAAGAUCCGCGAAUCCUGCCUUAACUAGUGUGGGCAAGAACAUGAUUUACAGUGGUGUCAAUACUGACAAUCUAGAGCUUCUACACACUGGGAAACUCGAUGCCUACAUAUACUACACACCUUAUAUUGGUCACAUGGCUUCCAAGAAAACAGGCGCCAAGUUCAAACUCGUCGGGAAAAGAAUUCACUCCGAAGCUUCGAGCUUUGCAUUUCAGAAGGGCUCCCCUUGGAUUGCUAAUAUUUCCAGUCAAUUCAGGAAGUAUGCUAGCCAAGAAUAUUUUAAAGAGACGGAGAAAAAGUGGUUUAACAGUCUGGACCAAGACGUCGUUUUACAAGCUGAAGAAAUAACUCUUCUCCAUUUUCGCGGACUCUUUCUCUCUCUCCCAGUAGCUACAGGGUUAAGUAUUUUGGUUCUCGUAUUAGAAAAAUAUGUGUAUCGAAGGUCAACAAGAAAAGUUAGACGAAUCCAGGUUAAAGGUGCCGGUGACGGAAUGCAACAGCCAGGCCAUUCUGAGUCAAAUAUCAAUGAGAAAGUGUUGUCAAUAACCUAAGUUGUCAAGAGAUGUUUGUAAUAACAUAUUACACAUAGGAUAUGCUUAGACAA